GGCACUGACUGGCAUCACUGCUGGGCACUGACUGGCGGCACUGACUGGCACAACCCCUGGGCACUGACUGGUGGCACUGACUGGCAGCACUUCUGGGCUGCACUGGUGGGUGGCACUGGUAGGCAGCACUGGUGGGUGGGCACAGGUGGGUGGCACUGGUGGGCACAGGUGGGUGGGCACAGGUGGGUGGCACUGCUGGGCACAGGUGGGUGCACUGCUGGGCACAGGUGGGCGGAACUUGCGGGUGGCACUGCUGGGCACCGAUCAUCAGGGCACUGAUCAUCAGUGCCCUGAUGAUCGGUGCCGAUCCCCGCUCUGACAACUGCCGGUUCUCGGCAGUACUUUCCUCACGAUCUGACAGCGUGAUGAAAGUGCAGCCGAGAACCGGCACUUGCAU